AACUGCAUUUCCCCUACCAAGUGUUCUUCUUCUUCAAUUUUGGUUUUGUUGAAUUGAAUUUUCCUUUGGCUGGAGUGGAACCAUCAUUCAAAAGAAUAUAAAGGGUCCCUUGUUUUGUGGGUUUGUGUAUAUGUACAUAGACAUAAUAUAUAUACUAUGUAUAUAUUUAUGGUGAUGAUUUUGAAUUGGGGUGUUUGGUAGAGGUGGUAAUAAACCUGAUAGUGUGUUGUGUCUGUCGGCGCAAGGUCACUUUCUGUCGGCAUUGUCUGUAUCCACUAUCCAACGAUGAUACACUUCUAGAGAGAGAGAGAGAGAGAGAGAGAGAGAGAAAAGAGUUUUCUAAUAAAACCAAUAAAAGUACAACGGAGAAAGAGAGGUUUUACUUCUGGGUUUUCAUUGCUUACAGAGUGGCACUACCUUUCAGGGAGCAUAUUCAUAUCAGGCUUUGCCUUUGGAACCAACUGAGACUUGAAGGUUGUUCCUGAUCUGAAGGGGUUUUUUGAUUUUGAUGCCCAAGGAACCUACUUUCUGUAUUUGCAUCUUGAGUGGAGUUCUUGAUGUGAUUGUCAGAUUUGUGUUGAGGGUGGACAAUUGGUUCAUAUGAGGGAAGGUGGAGGGGGAUUGCGGGUCAAUCUUGAUUUCCGUGAGUGGCAUUGGAGCCUCUUUCAAAGUGUCAUUGGUAAAUGAAGCUCAGGCUUUCUGAGAUCCUGCCUCAUUAUUUAUCUCGUGAUAUUGGUCUGAAGAUUUGACAAAAACAUAAGUGAAGGGAUUCCCAUACCAGAUGUCAAGUACUCUUGCAGCAAUAUUUGGAGGAGCUGCAGGAGCCGUGGCAUUGGUAGGAAUUGCUAUAAUACUUUUAUGGUGUUGUUUGUCAAGUCAGAGGAAUGUUUCUAGGACAUCAGAGACAGGAUCCUCUGAUCCUUCCCAAGUGGGAAGACAUGGUGCGAUUGAGUUGCCAAUACGAGAUACCAGGCGUUUUGAGAUGGAAGAACUAUCUCUGGCCACAAAAAAUUUCAGUGACAAAAAUUUGAUUGGAGUAGGAAAAUUUGGGGAAGUUUACAAGGGUUUACUUCAAGAUGGGAUGCUUGUAGCCAUCAAAAAACGUCGAGGACUUGCAACUCAGGAAUUUGUUGAUGAGGUACGCUAUCUCUCUUCUAUUCACCAUCGGAAUCUCGUUACUCUUUUAGGCUACUGCCAGGAAAACAAUAUUCAGUUUCUUAUAUACGAAUAUGUGCCUAAUGGAAGCGUCUCCAGUCACUUGUAUGGACCUGGUCAGGAAUCACAAGAGAGGCUAGAAUUCAAGCAAAGACUUUCAAUAGCUCAAGGUGCAGCUAAAGGUUUGGCUCAUCUUCACACUUUGAGUCCCCGUUUGGUGCAUAAGGAUUUCAAAACCGCUAAUGUUCUUGUGGAUGAAAACCUCAUUGCUAAGGUUUCAGAUGCUGGACUUAGAAAUUUUCUGGGGAGAGUUGACAUAGCAGGGUCAUCUUCUCAAGUGGCAGCAGACGAGAUAUUCCUUGCACCUGAGGUGCGAGAGUUCAGACGAUUUUCUGAAAAGAGCGAUGUAUUCAGCUUUGGCGUAUUCUUGCUGGAACUAUUCAGUGGGAAAGAAGCAAUAGAAUCACCAUUUCCAGACACUAACCAAAAUCUGGUUGAAUGGGUGCUAAGUAAUCAAGACCGUGGCAUUAUGUCUAACAUAAUUGAUCGGAGAUUGGAUAGUAGUUUUACAGCUGAAGGCAUGGAAGAGUACAUUAUGCUUAUAAUAAGAUGUUUAGAAUCUUCAAGUGAGAGGCGACCAGCCAUGAGCUAUGUGGAAAUGGAACUUGAUCGGAUCCUAGAAAAAGAAAUGAACUUGACAACAAUCAUGGGUGAAGGAACCCCAACUGUGAUUCUUGGAAGUCAGUUAUUCAGAGCAACAACAUGAAAACAAAAAAGGGGUAUUGCUAUCUUAAAUUGUUACUUAUUAUUAUAUAUUAUAUAUUUGUGCAUUAAAUCUUUGCUUUCUCAUUUUUCCCCAGUGGAUACCAGAGAAUAGGGUCAGCUGCUUCAUAAGUGUAUAAAGAGCAGCUGUAUC